CUUGGCUCAGAUCUGGGUUGGUAUGACAGAGAAGGCCUCACUCCAUACGAUCUCAUUCGCUUGGAUGCACCAUUCCAAAUCGCAAAAGGAGGUGGGUGUUUUUUAUUAUUAUGAUUAUUAUUAUUAUUAUUAUUAUUAUUAUUGGAAGUUUAAAAAUAAACCAAAAAUAAGAGAUAAGGCAAAAUGCUAUGUGAAUCUCUGGAGGUUCUUGGUUAUAAGUUAAAAGUAUAUUACACAUUGGCAACAUUACAGUGGAAUCUGGAUUGAAUGGUUGGGUUUAAGCCCUUUUGAGCCCAGGUCAUUGUGUUGUGUCUUUGGCCAGAGACUUUACUCUUUCAAUGCCACUCUCCACUCAGGAGUGCAAGUACAUGUAGGUACUGUGGUACUUUUUAACUAUCUGGGCGACUUGAUGAAAUGGUGAGAGUCAGAGUAACCUACAAUAGACUUGCAUCCCAGCCAGGGAAAGUAACAAUGUUUACUCCUAGUUGCUACAUGUCAUGGGAAGCGAAACAGUCCAGUGGCACGGGCAACUUAGCUCAAAAGCUGUCUCAAAACUGUGCCUUUACCUUUUACACUUAACAAUACUGACUGUUACAUUUUGUAGUACAUGUAAGUAGCAACAUACAUCUGGAAUCAUGUGCUGCAUGGCCAUUCCUCUUUUACUUUGGAGAUAGAUAUAGAGUACAAUUUCUCUUAUCCCUUUAACUCCCAGAUCAAGUUUUUAAUUCUCCUUACUGUAAAUCAUACAAUUCUUAUAAUAUUAGUUCAGAGAACUUAGUAUUGAAUCAACUAAUUAUUCCCAGGUUAAUAUUUUUCUUUAUUCAAAUCUCUUGUCUGGUUGAUAUUGCAUUGAUAUUGUAAGGAGAAAUUCUGUCUUGGUCACUCAUGAGAGUGAAAGGGUUAAGUCACUGAACUCACUGUGUGUUUUUACCAACACUAUAUAGUCCAAGCUCAAGCUGUGUCACCUUACGAAACCUCUUUGGAAGAUGAACUUCAGUUACAAGUUGGCGAUAUCAUAAAAGACAUUCACAUGAAUGAUGGAAGUUACUGGACUGGUUAUUUGAAGGGGAGGCGAGGGCAUUUUCCAAAAGAUCAUGUUGAGCUUUUGUCUGAAGGUAAAUAUUAUACCCUGAUUUCAAAAUAUCCUGAUAGGGCUUGAAGGUUAAAAUUAUUCCUGGCCAACUUACAGUAUGAUUACUAUUAAAUUAUUUUUGUUUUUCAACAAGCCUAUCAAUUGGAACUAUUCACCUGGGGAUCCAACACAAACUUCACUCUUGGUCACAGAGAUGAAAGCACAAGACACACACCUGAACUGGUUGAAAAUGUCCAAGGAGAGACAAAAAUUUCUUUCAGAGAGGUACAGACAGUCUGUGGUAUGGUUAUUCAAAACUGGCUCAAACAUUGUUGACAUUUCUGGCAUGAGCAUUUUAAAUAAAUUGUUUUACUGUGCAUUGGUGAAUAAAGAAUUUUUUUGGUUUAUGUAGCCAGUUUCAUCAAAUUUUGUUUACGUAUUCUUUAGGUUGUCAUGUGCAAGUUUCAUUCUGUGUUCUUGAGCAUGGAUGGUAGGGUUUUCACCUGUGGUCAUGGCAGAGGAGGUCGGCUGGGGCAUGGUAAUGAAGAGACACAUCUAGUAAGUUCUGCAUGAUUCAUAAACUUUUAAGUUUGUCAUAGAAUGGAACAGAGGUGGGCAAGCCUAGUGGUUUAUGUUGGUUUACUAGCUGCAUGAUCAAAAAGUCUAUGACAGUCUUGGCUAUGUCUUUGUAUUAUGUUUGUAAACAAGUUGCAUACAGUUUGUAACUCUUGGAUUGCAUUAGUCUCCACUCAGGAGACUAUAAAUGGACUUUGUUGAACUGUCACGGAAACUGGUGAAAUUAUGAGGGGUAAUCUUGCAUUGGAAUUGGGUAAAUCCCAUCUUGGGCAUAGUUGCUGUAUUCCUAGUACCUUGAGGGUACUGCAAUCAGAAUAAACUUCAACAGGAUAAGUUGACUUUUGCAAGCUUUAACUUUGCUUUAACUUUGCAUCUGAAUUCAAUUCCCUUAACUACUUGAUUGUACAGCCCAAUGAAUCUGCAAUUAACCUUGCUUUCAGACUCUUCAUUUAGGAAUAUUGUUUGUUACUGCAUUAUGUUACUUCAUUCCAAAUGAAGGAAGAACAGUUUACAAGGCUUAGCUUAUUUUCAAUUUACAUUAUUUAUUUGUUAAUUUGUAGGUGGUAAAAGAGGUGAAAGCUUUACAGGGAAUCAAUUGUGUGUCAAUUGCUGCUGGCCAGGAUCAUACAGUGGUGGUCACAGAUGAGUAAGUGGGGAAUAAGAUUACCAACAAAAGUUUUAUAAAAUUUUUAUUUGAUAAAAAGCAAUUAACAAACAGUAGUCACUAGACAAUAAUUAGUGAUGGGCACAACACUUUACUCACAGGUAUGUCACUGAAACAUUAUUAAGCUUGAAAAUUGUGGUAAUUGACAGAUUUACCAAGUAAAACUUUUCUUCUCUUGUCAGUGGCUCAGUUUACACGUUUGGUCUAAAUGAUUCUCAUCAGCUUGGACAUGGACAGUCACCUUUGCCAAAACAGUGCCUUUUACCAAAAAUGGUGAUUAUAGUCUUGUGAUUAUUUACUCACUAUUUGUAAACUUUGAAGAUUUAACAUACAUUUGUAUCAUCUAUGAACCCCUUUGACCCCAAAGAGUGACUAAAAUCUAAUUUCUCCUUACAAUAUCACCCCCAAAUCACACAUUAGGAUCACAAGUUAGAAUAAUGGAAAUGAUCACCAAUUGAUUAUCAAAGCUAUUGUUUAUGAAUUGUGUUCAACUGAACAUUGGAUGCUACACCUGAUUCAACCUAAAAACUGAAGGUUUGAAUUGUGUUCAACUGAACAGGUACACCUGAAGGUUUGGAGAGGCAAAGAUGUUGUAGGGGCUGCAGCAGGACGAUAUCACUCAGUUUUCUUUACUAGACAUGAAGUUUACUCCUGUGGCCUUAAUGCUGGCCAGCUGGGUAGGAAUUCUUUACUUUCUAGAUCAAUAAAAUCAUUAUUACACUUUAGCAGGGAAAUUGGAGGAAAAAAUGGGAAAAGUACUGUAACUGUGCAUAAAUGCAAUGAACUGAGGCAUGUUAGGUUUUAAUUUUUGUAUCUUACUAGUUUAAAAGGUGGUGAAAGUUUUCCAGAUUUAAGUCAUAGAGUGAAGUGAAGCAAAACCGACUGAGAGUGCAAUCCUGGAAUAUUUUCAACACUCAAUUGAAAAUUGCUUGAAUGUAACACUGCUAAUAUCUAUAUUACUUGUUUUUGCAGGCCAUCAGAAAGGAGAAAAGUACCAAACUCUCCCUCGUCAGGUAAUAAACUUAAGGUGUUCUUUGUCUUUUAAAUAUGUUGUAUUUUAGUAAUAACUCUUGUUUGUUCAAUGCAUACAAAGCACAGCAAUUUGUAAAAAUGUAUUUAUUUUACUGUGUCCUCUAUAAAUUCCUGCAUCAAUUUUGAUAAAGAACUUGAUAGCUUAUUCAUGAGUUUGUGCAGUGGUUCAAUGUUCAGAAAAUGCCAAACUGAUUGAGGCCAGAGAGUGAGCCAGCUUUCUUCCUCCUACAUAACUAGAUUAAAAUAUUCCAAUUGAGUGCAUUAUGCUUGAGCUCCUUCAUUCCAGAGAUAAAAACAUUUUUAGUUUCUUAUUAUUAUUAUUUUAGGUUAGUGGAUUGGCAGAUAAAGGCGUCACCAUCAAUAAAGUGACCUGUAGUGAUGGAGCCACAGUGUGUGCAACGGACAAGGGAGAUAUCUUCUUGCUAAACCAGUACAUGUGUCGCAAGAUUAUUUCUAGGUAAGAAAUACCUAGUACUGCAACAAAAUUGUAUGACACUUAACUCAAAAAAAGUAGAACGGUGCAAUUUUUUUAUUAUUUUCUUCAUUUUACCUUAAGGUUCACUGACUUGGUUCAUAUAUCUGUGAUUGGAGGGGAGCUUGAUAUGAUAUCUCCUCAAGAAGUCAGUAAGAAGUUUGCCGAUGAACUUGCUGUGACAUUGCUGAACUCUAGAGGGAGGGUAGGUUACAAUCAAAAACUAUUUUUUGGUGUUCAAAGUCAUUAUUUGCAAAGAACUUAGUACAAUUUAGCUCACAAAUUUCUAAUUUCUUAGGAUAUGUGCAUAUCAUUAAUAGUUAUUUUUGAUUGAUUUGAUGAUUUUUUACCAAGGAAAACUCAACAGAUUGCUUUGAAGUUAAAUUGUUAGCAUCAUUUUCUCUGAUACUCUUUUUAGUUCAGCUUUAACGUAAUGCUUGUCUACAGGUGUUCCAGUGGAAGCCUAAGUUUGCAGGCAGUUGCUUGAAAGAAUGUUCUUGGCAUCAUAACCGACAAAUCACAGGUUUGUUUUCAGUUUACCCUCCAUAAUUAAGAGUUUCUUUAAUCUAUAGAAUGAACAUGCUUGUGCAGUUAUUAAUUAGUCAGUGUUUCACACAGAGUUUAAUUUUUUGAUGAUCAUCAAGUAUUAAUUUUUUAUGGAAUGAUUAGUAAAUAACUGUUACAGUAUAAUAAUACCACAUGUGUGAGUAGUGCUUUUGAUGUGAUCAAACUGUAGUUCAGAAGUUAUUAGCAAACACUGUUCACCUUUGGGCAGAAGAAGAGACAAAAUUAUGCAUCAAGAGCUUAUUAAUUAUUUUGAACCUUUUUUCGGAGUAUUGACAGAAUAUACUUUUUUUUUUUUAAUUUGGUUUCUGUGUGAUACAAUGUGUAUACUAAAACAAGUAUUUACCAAAGUGGUGGAAUGAUUUACCUCCCCACUUUGAAGUAAGUAUAUAAUAUCCACCACUAUUCAACCUCACUUUAGUGAAUUAUUGUUAAUUAUAAAUAGCAGAAUUAAUUCAAGUGCCACUUAGCUGAAAGAUGUUCUGUCAGUAGUAGAUUAAACCCUUUUGGGAAGAAGUCUUAAACUUUCCAAUUUAUCAGGACUACAUUUAUACACACAUGUGCCUAUGUUUAUUUGCAUAUUAUGUGCAUUUUUAGGUUAAUAAAUUUUCGAGCAGCAUUGUACAGUAAUUAACAUGUUGGUGGUAUGUGUUAAUCUUCUAGCAUCUCAAGUUGUUCAUCAUAUUUAUUUCUUUUCUUAGUUAGGGAUUUUGCAAUUGGCAAACAGAUUUUUAUUGUGUCUGGUAAGUUAACAGUUGGUCAGAUUUUAUCUUCCUCUCAUUUAAUUCACUGUUUUUCAGUUUUCCCUUUUCACCAUUUGUAUAAUUUUUCUGAAGGAUUCUGACUUAUUAAAAGCCUUAAGUAAAUAACUUGUAGUAAACUGUUACAAUUAUUAUCAUAAAUUUGUAGCAUAAAAUUUUCAGCUUGUUUGUUUUCAAUUACAGAUGAUGGUGAAGCUUUUAUCUGCCAACCUAGUGGAGCCAAACCCAUUCCAUCAAAAACCAACACUCACAAAAUGUACUGCUCUCCUCCAAAUUCCUUCGAAGGCAGUGCUGGAAGUACAUUUGCACAAUCGCCCCCAUUGUCCUCCCCUUCACCAACAUGAUUUUGAAAGAAAAAGAUGAAGCACUUUCACAAUCGUUCCCCAGCACCACUCCCUUGAGUUGUUUAGCCAAAGAAAAAGCAAAGAAAGAUACCUUUGUGGAAUACAACCUUGAGAGGAUUCCAUUGAUUCAUCGUGGACAGCAGAUCUUCACAGACAGCAAGUCUAGGGGGUGUGCUGUGCUUCAAGUUUCUUCAAGGGAGGGGUAGGUAUAGCACAAUAUUGUCCAGGGAGAGAUGGGUUUGAAGUAAGGAUCUUAGAGAUCAAAUUAAUCUGUAUGUCCAGGAUACUGGGAUCUUGCUGGUUCUGUGUCAACUGUUUCACAAACUGAAGGGGAUUUAAAAUAGGUAACAAGCACUGCAUUGUUCUACGCAAUACCUAUUGGGUUUAAAGUCAAGUUGAUCCCAAGGCCUUGGGGAGGCAGUAAAGGAAGGGUUGCUUGACAAGCAAAUCUGCUUGAUUUACAUGACUACAGAAGAACCUUUCCUGCAGAAAUCUUAGCCUGUUUGCCCUGCCAAAAAAUGGCAAUAAUUGUGUGGUCUUAUUUAAUUUAGGAAUGCUCAUUAAGCAAAGGAUAAUCAUUUUUCUGAAACCCUUGCAGGAAUACUUGAAAUCAGAGUGAUAACCAUCUACACAAAGUGCUUUAUUAUAUUUCAAUUACAUUAAAAACCAUUUUAAUUCUAUAUUAUCGUUGACAGAUUGCAGAAACUACCUGAAGUGAGUCCAGAGCAAAUUUCUGAACAGAUGAUUCAACUUCUUGAAGAAGCAACUUGUGAAGAUGAUAUUCAUGAUGUUGAAUUUAUGGUAAAUCUUUUGUCUCUACCUAAAAGUACGAGUAAAUUUUGUAUCACUGAUUAUUCAGUGAAUGAUUUUAAAAGUUGAUCUUUAGGAUUAGGGUCAUUCUGAAAGGACUGUUUGAAAGAAUAUUGAGCCAAGGGCUAAAAGAGGCUAUUUUGUGUUUAUUAUCCUUCAAAUAUUUUUGCAAUGAUUUUUUUUGUUGUUGUUGCAAAAGAGGUUUAUCAACAGCUUACUGUUUGCUGCAUUUGAUGUUUACUUUUUGUUGUUCUCUGGUAUGACUUUAAUUUAUGAACAAACAAAAAUGUCCCUUCUUUUGUAACGAUUAGCUAUCUCAUCUUGAAUUGAAUUUUAAAGGAAUACUUAUCUUAGACAAUGGUAGGUGUAAAAACUUGAGAAUUUCACUUGAGGUACAUGUGGUGAGUUAUUCCCCAGAUUUUAGCCCGGGUUUAUUCAGUCACCUGAUACAUUUAGACCAAUUGCACACAAUCAAAACUAUUUGAUGAACUAUAAGAAAUUAAGUUAGUUCAUUUGCUAUCCAAACAUUAGGUAAAAGAACAAAGAAUCCCAGUGCAUGGCUUUGUUUUAGCAUCACAAAGUGUCAAGUGCCACCAGCUGUUAUGUGAAAACAAAGAAGACCACUCACAAGUAAGCAACAAAAGGACACAAUCCAUAGCACUUCAUGAAAGUGUCACCUAUGGUGAGGUUGUCGGCUGGCUAAAAAGACUCUAUGGUGGAUUUGAUAUUGGUGACGAAGGAAUAUUUCCACUUGAUGUCUCCGUGACAAAAGGCAAAAACGGUUUCAGUGGUAUUUCCAAGACCAUGCUUGGAGAAAAAGUUUCAGGGAAAAUGGCAAAGAAAGAGGCAAAAGGCAAGAGAAGUGAAGUGGAAAAAGAUGGUGGAAAGAGCUUGAUCGACAACAAUUUGUUGUCAGAUUUGACUUUCCUUUCAACUAGAGACUUAGAUGAUUUUUCUGCACCUACUGUUGAUUUGGAUGAUAUGUUAUUCAAUUCUGGUGAACUUUUGGAAGGAAGUGUUCAGGAUUCUGAUGCAGCUGGAGAGACACAAGGGAAGACCUUUCAACCACAGAAAUCAAUCACCACAAGGUAAAUUUGCGUCAUUUUAUACACGUCAUACACACCCCUUGAUUUUUUAGUUCGCUUAAAUUUCAAUUUCACAAUUUGAUAUUUGGUUUCUAUUUAUUUAGGAUAGGAAUCAAGGGCGAUCUUUCCAGAUCUUGCAACAGAUUGCUGAUGUUCUCAAGACUAAAUUGGUAUGAGAAGCAAAUGACCUAGAGUUACAACGUACGUUGUGUGCAAGUUUUGUUUUGAUAGAACCAGUUGCCCUUUAGAUGUGGUACGAAUUAUUGGUGGCAUACUGUAUUUACUUUUGAGACCUGCGUUGUAUUGUACACAUUCAGUAGAUAUCACUCAUCAAGUGAGUUUGGUUGUUUAUAUGAAACAGUUUUGGUUGUUUCGUCUUCUAUCUGUCUCAAUGAUUUUUUUCGUCUCAUUACUAGCCCAGAGCUUUAUGAUGUUACACUUUUGUCGGAAGAAGGAACAGAACUUAGGUGUCACAAGUGUAUACUCGUUGCUCGGCUUGGUACGUACGAGAACCUUACAAUAUUUAACACAUUUUUGUUUUUCUAUCUUCGUUGAACAGUUUGCGUUAACCAUUUGCGUAGGAAGCAAGAGGAUCUUAGUGGGGUUAGCCGUAAAUUGGCCAAAAUUUUGAACGUUAGCUGUAAAAGCCAUCACCCCAUUGAGACCCUUAGGCAAUGUUCAAUAUGAAUAUUCAGGCCUGUGGAUCUUUAUCAAAAAUCCUGGUUGGGUCACUGUUGUGUUCUUUGGCAAAGCAUUGUUUGAAGAUGGAGUGUUCUUUGGAUUAACGACACCAAGCAUACUCUGAACUGCAAAUCCGUUUUCAGUGAACUCUAGAUGAAACGUUUGUCUGUUUGUUUGUUUUUCGUUUUUGCUUCAGAGAGAAGAAUGUAUUUAAGUUCCAUCUGUGUACAGCCUCCUGCAGCUAAUACAUGAGGGAUUGUUCUGUGUAAUAAUAACCACGGUUUGCCAUCCCUUAUUUUGUUUCAGAGUACUUUCGCAGCAUGUUGACAUCGAGCUGGCGGGAGGUAGAUACAACUUGAUAUUUUGCUUUAUUUUGUUUUUGACGUUUUUUUUUGUUUUGGUGGUGGUGGUUUUUUCAGCUUUUUUAGACCUUAAAUUACUUCUUAACCCGUUCACCUGCAGUCCAGUGGACAAUCCAGAACCCUCCGGAUGCCUUUCCCAGCGUUAAUUCUGGAGAUUGUAUUGGAUUUCCUGUACUCAGAGCAGGCGGGAAGAUUAACAGGUAUUGAUACUCUACUCUACAAUAAGAUUUCAUCUGUCACUCAUGGGUUGGCAGCUUUAAGAGGACUCGCUCAGGAAGAAGCAAUCUGGGAGUGGUAAAAAACUAAAUAUACUUUCAGAAAGUACAAUCGUGCAUGCAGAUGAAUUAUUUAGGGCUGCCUCGGGUAAGAGCAUGUGGAACAGUUGUUCACAACGCAUUUUAAUUGGUCCUGGAAAAAUUCGUGCACAUUUUAAGCCAAUCAGAUAACUUGAAACCAAUCAUCACUUGGAUAUUCAUGUUUUCCCGCUCUUUUUAGCUGUCAGCAUCUGGUUUGUUUGAAUUCUCGUUAAACCCUGUUGUAUUUCGCUCUGCUGUAUGAAUACUUUGGUUAUGUUUUUAUAAAACUCAACCAAAAAUAUCACUUUAUAUCUUUUGUGUAGAAAUUAUAGAUCUGGAGUUAUUGGGUAACAUUCUCAUUGUAGCGGAUCAGGUAUGGUAAACCUUAAACUUUUAGGAUCGUUCAGAAAGUUUCAGUCCUUGUCUUGGCAAACCAAGUUGUAAUUUUUUCUUCUUAAAUAAUUGUUUGUUUAGUCGGUAUCAGAACGUGACUGGUUGAAUGCAGUAAUGUUAUAUCGACAUUUCAUUAUUCAGUUGCUGAUUUGGCGUUUAAGAGAGAUGUGUGAGGCUGUCAUAACAAAUCUUGGUGAGAAUUUUGUACUUACUUUCUCGUUUCGAUAAAUCGUUUUAAAAUGCACGUUGCGAGCUUUUUGAAAUACUCAAGAGAAAUUCUAUUGGUAUUAACUAAUAUUGCUAUUUGUGCGCGCUAAUUGGCUUCCUGAAAUUUGAUUGAUCUAGUGCCUUUCACGUCCUUUUUGGUGUAUAGCAGUCGAUUAACUUGGAUUUAUUUCCUCUUUCAGUGACUUUAAGGAACGUUUCUGAAGUGUUGGAAUUUUCAAUUCUCUAUAACGCCAAUCAGCUACGAGAUGUUUGCUCAGAGUACAUUUGCAGUAAUUUGGGAAGUUUGAUGGAAUCCAGGUUGGUAUUUCGCAGAAUUUGCUGUAUCUCGUUCAAGGUGGCUUUUUCGCGUUGUUUUUACGGCUUUUACCGUAGUGGUUAAUUGUAGAGUAGGUCCGGUUUCUGCUUCACUUGAUCUUUUUCGCAGCUCAUCAGAAAGAUGUUUUGCUAUUAUAGUAGAAGUUCGCAGCUACCUUUUACCCUUUACAUCCCAACAUCAGCGUGCUUAUUCUCCUUACUGUUCCCUUUACAUCUCCUAUGAUAACGACAAGGAGAAUUUGUCUAUUUACGGAGAGCUUCAGUUAGAGAUCAUUUUGUUUACUCUUGUGGCCUUAAUUUAUUAUUCAGUAAUGAUCCUGUAUAGAAAAAUUAGAUGCUAGUCACUCCUGGGGAUAAAUAGGUUUAGGAAAACAACUAGUUUUCUAUCCGACCGUCUGACUGAUUGACACUGCAGGGGCAAACAGACAGACAGACAGACUGGCCCAUAGACUUAUAAAAAGGAAGACAGAGAGACUGACGGACGGAAGGAUGGCAAAAAUGUUUGUCGUCAUUCUUGCCCCAACUAACAAUAUACAUCUAGGACAUACUACGAGGUCUAAAUGUAGAUUGUAAUACCAGUUGAUAUUCUGAUCCCCAGAGCUCUGGAUUGUCUCAGUGAUGAAGCACUUGUGGAAAUCACUAAAACUUAUCGCAGUAUGGUAGGACCACUUUUUUGAAUUUGCAUCGAAAUUGUGUAAUUUCGUUAUUUUCUUUAAAUAUCUCGUAAAGCUGAGGAAUCAAAUAGCACAAGGUAUGAACCAUGUUAAAUGAUCGUACGCUCCAAUGAAGCGCUUACAGCUGUGUAGAAGAUCUCUAAUUGGCUGAGGAGAAAGUUCUGUCUUUGAAUUGCCAUUUGCAAACUUGUGGGUAAGGACAAGGAUACGGUAAAAAGGAAAAAAAACACCCACGCACCUGUAGCAUACAGGAGAUUACAGAGCUACCAGUGUUGUUGUUUAGUCUUUCAAUGUGACUGAGUAGACCAAAGCAGCACAAUAUGGAAUAAUUUCAACUUGCCUAUAGAAACUAACCAAACUUCUUAUGUUUCAGGUUCCAAGAAUGGCGUGGCGCAUGAUAACACCUCUAGACCUUCACUGUUCCAUUCUUCUUGAUACGGGCUCUGAGCCAACAUGUAGUCCUGGAAAGCGAAGGAGAAGCAGUGGACGCAAGAAGUCAUCGAAGAGUGAAAGCGAACAAGAUGCGGUUGUUAACUCUGAGACUGCACAAGAAGGAAGCGAAGCUGAGAAUGGUUAGCCUUGGAGUUGGUUUAAUUGUAGUCUUGAAUAAGAUCCAGACAGAAUCAUGAUAUAGCUUUAGCUUCAUUAUGAAUUUGUUCACGUAAAUCAGGAAAUGCUUUGAACCAAGGGGUAACUUGAAGUCCAGUCGUCGGAUUUCGCAAAUGCGAUACCUGCUAUGGGGAAUUUUUUUACGGUUGUCUGUGAGUUAAUCCAGUUGAGUGAGGAGGAAAUGCUAUGGAGUGCAGUUACUCAGCUAAAGACACCUAACCAUGGGAAGGGUGGGGCUCAGGCUGGGGUAACAAACUCACCUUAUCAGGGGUAGGAUGGGACUUAGGCUGGGAUAACAAGUUAGUGUAACAGGCUCUCCCACUCUCUCAGAGAAAAUAUUUUGCGCAGUUUACAGAGUAAAUGUCCAGGAAUUGGAGGAAGUGUUCGAGCAUCAAAAUGGUGGCGAAUGCAAGACUGAUACAGAAGGUAAAAUUGGCGAGGGUGAUGCAUGUUUGAAACAACCGAAAACAGAUGAAGAGGAAACAUCAUUGAAGGGAGAGGUACUAAACUGCCUUUUUUCCGAGAUAUCCCUAGCCCAUGUCUUAAGACGAGAGUAGUUGUGAAACCUUUUAUAUGAAAACGAGUUUUUCUUAUCGCCUAUACACCUGUAAGUGACAGCAACUAUAGCAUAUUGAUCGAUUUUAUGGAAGCGUGAAGAGGAAACCGUUACUGUCGUUACGGAGGAGGAAAUAUGUACUGCUGUACUAGUACAAUACUUUUUUUCCAAUGCACUUCCUUCAAAUAACUCACCGUCUAGUGUUGAUUAUUUUACUAAGCCGGUGGAUGUUGGAAUGUGGUAUCGUAAACUCUCACCGGAUGCUACCAAGACGCCAAAGAAGAAAUGCCGUGACAGAAGGAAACCUGGUGGAAAAUCCGUAGAGGAUUCAAGUGGUAAACUUGCGUCACAGAAGGAGGAUGCUACCACGCAGAAGGUGAGAAUUAAGAGCUUGUGAGUUUACAAGGAACAGAUUGCGAACAUUUGUAUUGUCAAUUUAGUCGGGUAGACACAAGAGCUUAUUUAAUAGUACUGUAUGAUGACAAAAUGGUAAUCUUUAAAAUUUUUAUUACUUCUUCCCGUAGGCUCCAUCACCAGAGAAACCAGCAUGGAGUAAUCAGAGGUACAGUUGGUUCAAAUUUCUGUGUUACCUUGGUUUUUUUUUCGUUACUGACAACACCGUGAGCAGUUAAGUCACGAAUGGAAACUUUUUUUUAUUGAAUUCCAACAUAGGAUGGCAACAUAGGCCACGUGUCAAUUGGAUGUCGACUCCUCAAAAGUUGCAUGAGGUCCGAGUUUUAAGUGUUAAAGCAAUUAGAUAUUAUAUAGAGUUGUCCGGGGUUUUUCACAAUGUUGCACAGAAGUAAUGAAAUAACUGUUUACAUGGCGUUUUUUAUCUCAUUGAACAUAACUAGCACAUCCAGUCCCCCCGCAACCAGCCUCAAGGAUAUCAUGGAACAGGAACAGAAUAAAGAAUCUCCUGAUAUUCGUACUACGAGUGAGGUAGGCACGUCGUGAUUUCCUAAUUAUGCUUUAACAGCUUUACAGAUUUUCCCUCCCUCUCUCUUUUCUUUCAUCGAUCAUUAUCAUUAUUAACCCUCAACCCUAAGAGUGACAGCAGCUAAUAUCUCCCUACAGUAUUACUGCUGAAACAGACAUAAUGUCAUGAGAAUAACAGAAUGAUCGCCAACUGAAGAAACUCUUGACUGUUUAACAAAUUAUCCUUUUUAGUACUAAAGGAAAUUUAUGCAAUUAAUAUUGCACUCUGCAAUUAAUAUUGAAUCUAAAUUGUGAAGCAAAGGGGGUCGUUCUUCGAACGUCAUGACCACGUAAACCAAAGUCUUCAUUUGGUGACACUGAUAAUCAAAAUACCGAAUGAUAACUUUUGUUCUAUCGCACUUUGAAAUACCUGUCGCACUUCGCAAAAGUGUGAUGGUCUGUUUUUACAAAGAGAGACAGCAUUUUUUAUCACAAAGUGCGAUAAGAGGUAUUACAAAGCGCGACAAUUUUAUUUCAAAGUACGACAGGUAUUGCAAAGUUUUUCUUGGGGAAAAUAUUUUAAAUUUGCUAGUAAAGUCAGUUUUUUUACAAUUUUUUUGCUGAUAGGUACUGAUAUCACCUUCAAAAGGAAAAAGGUACGGAGUGUGAUUAACCUAUAACAAUCAAAUGAAAAUAAAUCUUGUUUUUACCUGCGUAAAAUGUGCAGGCUAAGACCUGCUCCUUACAGGUGAGCUGAAAUUGAAGAAAUUUCAGAAAAUAAGCCUGAAAGCAUUCAGGUUCCGACGAGAUUCGAACCCGUGCCUCCGGUAUAAGUGGGGUGCCACUACCGACUAAGCCACGACUUUGUAUUUCGCGGUAAGCGAAGGAUAUCAGACUGAUUUUUAUACUACAGCGGCAGCGUUUAUUUGACUUUUACUCUCGUUACCAGUCCACAGUCCCCAUCCAUUCGGUGGAGUUCUACUGGGCGACAAUCACAGAAGCAGAGGAAGAGGUCAAAGUCUAACUCCAUGGACGAUCAGAAUGACGUAAACAGUAAAAAGGAAGAAAAAGAAGUAGAGAGACCUCCAGCAUGGUAAGGUGCAUCACGCUAGUUCAACAUUUGUUCAACUGACAGGAAUCCGAUUUCACGGCCAAACGCCGUCAUUUCAGUCGCAGUUACACGGUGGGAUCUGGUACGAGAUCACUCUGGUACUAAUUGGGCACUGCUGCCAACUGGGCUUAGAAGCUACACGUUGUAAGUGUGGCAAAUUUGAGAGGGAUCUUCUUUCCCAUAGAGAAAUUUGAAGUACGUCAUCUAUCGAACAAGUUACGAAGAGACAAACUUGAAGAAAGAUGUUCCUCGUCUUCUUACGAGCGUGGGACAAAGAAACUUGAAAAAAGUGUUCCCGCGAGGAAUCGAAUUCCAGAUCUUCGGAUUCCGGGCUCCAGUGGUCACUAGACAAGCUUGUCAGCUUACGGAAUGUUGUCUUGAUAAAACCCGAAAUUCGCCAAAAAGUUUGCAAGGAAAUGCAAUGAAAUGUUUUGAAGGGUUAACAAUGUGUUCUUGUUCAGUCACAAAGAUUUGGGGAUCUUCAGAGCCUGUGAUUGUGUUUCGUACAUCCAGUACACUUCUUAAUUCUUUUCUCGUGUUUGAUUUCAGGGGUGGGGUGAUCAAAGAGUCUUUGCCAAUUCAGUCCAUGAGGGAUCUUAUACAAGAAGAAGAAAAGAAAAUAAGCAUUCCAGACCAAACGUCUUCACCAAAAAUGCCAAUCAUACCGGGAAAGUCUGGAUCUACAAAGAAAAAGCUAAAGUACAGUACAUCACUUCUUAAAAGUCCAGCAUCGCCUUGAAGUAGAAUAAUUUGCAAUGAAAAUUGAUUACCUGAAUAGCAAUUGACGCAGUUGAGAAAUUCUUCACCUAUUUCUGGUCCUAAUUGUUUUCCCUUUCCAUAUUUUAGUUGGCGCCGGCAGCCUGGAUUUUACACGAACGGUUCAGAACUCAAUGGAGAAGCCCCUGUUGAUUUAGCCUCUGGGCGUGAUUCGAGUGUUCCACUGUCUCCACCCAAAAGGUUAGCUCAAGGUUGUUCUAUUCACUCGUCUUGAUGGUAACUGGAAGCAAAAGCGCGAAACUUUCUCCGAAGUCCAUACUUCUCGUCAUCAAAUUCGUUAUUGUUAUUACUGUAAUGAUUUUUCUUAACCUGCACAAGUGGCUUGAAAACUGUAGAUGUCUUCGAUGAUGAAAACUGCGUUGGCCUAAAAUGUCAAAAGCAUAUGAGAGUUCUUAUCGCUGGUGCUUUUCGGAUGCAGCCGUGUCUGUUCUAAUAACUUGUUCUAUUUAACCAUUCAUUUAUCUUCUCUAUUUGUUCCCCAGUGCCUGGCAGUCAGUUCCUAUAGCAUGUUCUCCGCCAUCUUCUUCAAUCGCUUUCUCUACAAUCCUAGAAUGCGAGGAAAAGGAGAACACAACUCUUAACAGGUUUGGCUCUGUUCUUUUUUUAGUUGUCAGGUGUAUUUUGUUUUCAUGGUUUUUGUUUGUUUGUUUUAUUUGUUUAUUCAUUUAUUUGCCUGUCGGUUGGUUGGUUGUUUUAUUUUUGUUUGUUUUUUGUUAAUUAGAGUUUAUGGAAGUAAUUAGCGCUCGAUCAUAAUUUCUUCCUCUCGUUUCCUUUGUAGAUUUAGCGAGAAGCCAUUUCACUUGACACAGGUAAUUGUUUUUUUUUUCAUUUUCUUGGGCAUAAUAAUCUUUCUGCCUCCAAAACAACCAUUUGCCACGCUUUCUUAACAAGUCUCAUUGACAAUUAGUUUGACUCUCCUCAAUCCAAAACUCCCCUCCCUUUUCCAUGGCUUUUUAUUUUUUUAAGGUUUAACUUGAUUUUACCAUUCAUAGCUUGAAGAGAGAGCCAUGGAAGAACUGCUGCAGUAUUACGGUGGCAAGGACAAUGCUUGUGAGUUUGUGACCGUUGAGAGAAUUCCAUCGACUGCAGCUAAGCCUGUUUGGAGAAAGGAGAGAUCGCCAUCUGUUGCAAGCAAUUAAAGCUUGUUACGCAGUCACAGCUAUCAUCAAAUGAGUUUUUGUCGGGCGAGAUGGAUUUCCUCUGCCUUUGCGAGGAAGAGAUUUUUAGAGUUAGGCUGAAUGGCCAAAUCUGAGUUAAAUAUUUUCUCGCUGACUUCUAUGAAGCGAUAAAGAAACUUAUUGAAAGCGUUGAUCGUUUACCUUGUAACAGAGAAAAAUAAAACAUUUUAAAAAUGUUCUUAUGUCGAAGCAUUCCCAAAG